CCCAGUGGACACCAAAAGAGGACAGUGCUGCGUCUGUCUCAGGACGUCAAAGGAAACUCCUUCAUUAAAGACCUGCGGUGGGUCCAGGUGAACAGCUCUGAGGAGGCCUACAGAGUGAUGAAGAUCGGGAAGAAGAACCAGAGUUUCUCUGCCACCAGACUGAACCAGCUGUCCAGCAGGAGCCACAGCAUCUUCUCCAUCAGGAUCCUCCGAGUGGACGACGUCGGAGUUCCCAGGGUCCUCAGCAUCAGCGAGUUGUCUCUGUGCGACCUGGCCGGCUCUGAGCGAUGCUCUCGGACUCACAACACCGGAGAGCGACUGAAGGAAGCGGGAAACAUCAACAGCUCGCUGCUGACGCUCGGGAAGUGCAUCAGCGCCAUGAGACUCAACCAGCACGCCAAGUUCCAGCACCACGUUCCCUUCAGGGAGUCCAAGCUCACACACUUCCUGCAGUUCUUCUUCUGUGGUGCCGGCCGCGUCUCCAUGGUGGUUAACAUCAAUCAGAACGCCUCGUGCUUCGAUGAGACGCUCAACGUCCUCAAGUUCUCCGCUCUUGCCCAAAAGGUGGUGGUGUUGAACUCCAGACCGGCGGCGAUGGACGACGCCCCCCACAGGUCCGCCAUGGAGCUGUCGAUGAUCAUCGACGAGGCCGACCGGCGCAGAAACGUGUCGGGGCGCGGCAGGAAAAGCUCGCUGGUUGCCUGGGAGACAACCCUGGAGGACGUGCUGGAGGAUGAGGACGGUGAAGAGUGGGGGGAGGAGGAGGAGGAGGAUGAAGAGGAAGAGGAGGAGAGUGUGAUGGAGGGAACAGUGCUGGAGGCAGGAGAGGAAGACGAGGAGGAAGGAGACCUGACCAUGGAGGUGGAAGAGAAG